AUGUCCAUAGCCCCUGCGAGCCGUACGGCUACUUGCUCUGUGGCACCUGUGUCGACGGUACUAGCACCAGCACUGGUGGCGUUUAGUGGUGGCCUGAAUCUGGGCGCCGACACUUGGGCAGCCGUGGCCAGCACUUGGAGUGGCCAGGUUUUUGGGAUUGAGCUGGUGAGCCAGGUGCACAGGGCAAGUUUCACGUCUCUGGGGCAACUUGCGCUGGCGGCCCCACCUUGUGCAGUGGUCGUGGGCUGGAGCUUGGGAGCUCGAGCAGCCACGUCCUUGGGAGCCUUGAGGGAGCGCCUGGGCCUGGAAGUGAAAGCCUUGAUCGCUUUGGAUGAUCGGCGGAAGCUGCCUUUUGCUGGGCCGAUUGCUCCGAUCACGAUAGGCGAUGCAGAAAAGCUUGUGUUGGAAGGGCUUCCGUUAGCGCAGCAGAUGCGGGCCCAUGGCGUGCACGGUGGCGACGGUGAACAUGCUCUCAGCUGCCGAAGCUGCCCCUGGUUUUCGUGGGUCUGCGCUCUGUUAGACCUGACGUGCCGCCUGUCUCCCUUGAAAAUCGAUCGCGUGGAUUGGACUCUCUCCUUUCAGGACGACCGAAGCCUCGGGCCCCGUCGGGCUCUCUACUGCCGCGUCUGCCGGAGAUCCCUGGAAGAAGUGGGCCAUUUUGAUGUAGGCGUGGCAUGUGCUUGGGACGUGACGCAGCUACUCCGACGCCUGAGCGAGGGCUUUGAACCACAGUGCUUUGAGCCUCAGGCAGAAAAUGUACCUGGAGAGCGGCCUUCAAACAUGACUGUCAUGGACGUGGGACGUGCCGCCACCUAUGGGGCGAUCAAUAGCUCCCCCACGAUCUCAACAUUGACGCUUCUCUCCGGAAAGCAUGAGACACUCCAGGCGGAGCUGCAGAAGACAGUAGACGCCUUGGUGGAGAUGAACCCGGUGCUGUCUGGACGCGUUUGGCAGAAGGACGGCCGCGUACUGCUGGAGCCGAAGGCGCACAAGGAGUUCCUCCACGUAUACCCGAUGCCUUCCUCGGAAGCCGUCCCUGUGGAGGGCUUAGACCUGAAGGCCAAGAUCCGCCUGCUCCAGUCGUUGGAGGGUUCCCUCUGUUCCCCCAUGGAUGGGCGCUUCACACUGGGGCAUGGAAGCCAGGUCUUCUUGGUCGAGUUGAUGGCCGGCAAGGAUAUGUGUGUAGUGGCCGUGCACCUGUCGCAUAUCGUCGGUGACAUCAAGACCCUCUACGAGUUGGUAGGACAGAUGAACGCCCUGAUGCGUGGCGAGACGCCUUUGCCACUUGUUUGGGACAGCGACUGGAGGCUCAGCUUCGACCUCUUCCCAGACUCGCUUUCGGAGAAAGACCGAAAGAACCUGCGCUGGGGCAUCUUGGGCUGGCUUUGCCAGAAGCUCUGUGGUCCCAGGCGCAACUGCAGCGUCUCCGUCCUCUCGAAAGCGCAGCUCCUGGAGAAGAAGCGCGAGCUCCAGGCAGGAGCCGAGAAGCUCUCCAGCAACGACGUGCUCUGCGCGGCGCUCUCGCGGGCCAUCCGAGGCUCCGAGAUCAUGAACCUAGCCGUGAACCUGCGAAAGCAAGCCGAGCAGCACCAGAUUGCCGGCAAUUUCUGGCAGACGGUGGCCCUGGACCACGAUGCUGCCAAGGACCCCAACAUAAUCCGGAAACACUUACCCAAGUUGCAGUUCUUCAAGACUGAUGAGAUGCCCUUCUGGCCUUAUGCCUUGGGCCGUUACAGCUUUGUCACGAAUUGGACGGCUUGCACGUGCCAGCUCUCCAUCCCCGGAUUCACCGUGCACUGUCACCUCCCCCACUCCAACUUCCUCAAGGGCACACCGACAAACGUAGCAGUUAUCUUCAAUGCCGACGCUGAGACUUUGGGCCUUAGCCACAACGUGCCGCCGUCGAACUUGGACACGACGGGCCUCUUGGGCAGGGCACUGAGAACUCGUCAUCCGCUUUUUUCUGCCGCCUCACUGGAGCUCCUCCCAGGUAUGCUGAUGCUCUGUUGCAACGAGCUAGCGACCCAGAACGAGCAGCAACAUGUUGGUGUCUGCAACAUGGACCGGCGAUGCAGCGAGUUGACUGUAGCGGCUCGAGCCAGCCGAGUAGCGUUUGCCUGCUCCUCUGGGUCCCCGUUUGCAGGUACCCAAACGAUGCAUGCAUCGCGGUGGCUGGUGACAACGGCAGCCUAUGGCUCGGCGUGGAGCGCCCUGACCGCGCUGCCGGCCUCGCGGCCGGAUAGCUCCUGGCCAUGUGGAAAAACCGUGAAAUGCCACCAAGAGGUGUCAAAGCCAGGGUUUGAACGGCUUGAUCGCCUCUGGCGCACGAUCGAAGAGCGAAAGGUGCAGGCCCAGAAUGCCGGUCGCUCCUGGACGGCGCGCCUCCUCGCCAAAGGCCCCGACAAGUGCGCACAGAAGGUUGGUGAGGAGGCCACGGAGGUCUGCAUCGAGGCCGCCGCCCGACGACCCGGAGGUGUGGUGAAGGAGUCAGCCGACCUGCUCUUCCAUCUUCUGGUUCUAUGGGCAUCCAUGGGGAUCGAGCCCAAGGAAGUGCUCGAGGAGCUGGCCAGGAGGGAGGGGAUCAGCGGCGUGGAGGAGAAGGAGUCGCGGAGCCGAUGA